CCCGGAACAAAAACGGAGUAGAAAGAAAACGCGAUAGGAUCGCCGAUAGCGGCCGGGCCGGCUAAAGUUGUCGCACUCGCUGCAAUAUCUCCUCCGCAGGGCCGUUCGACGCCACGUCCGUCCGCAGCGAGCAAGAUAUAUACUGCUCUCUGCUAGUUCUACCUAACCGCCGCCGUGUGCUCUCGCGGAUCGAUCGGAUCAACAUGGUUCAGGGGGAGGAUGUAGUUCCUGUGUAUGAAUCGGGCGCAGAGGUCCUGGAGAAGCUGCAGGAGAAAUGGAAGUCCGCGGCGGCACCGUACCCGGCCAUGUACUCGAGCGUGCUGGGCGGCAUCGUGCUGGACCGGGCCAUGAUGUGCAUCCCGAUCGACGACCACAUGGUCCACCGUGGCCACGGCGUCUUCGACACGGCCAUGCUCCUGGACGGCCACCUCUACGAGCUGGACGCGCACCUGGACCGCUUCCUGCGCUCGGCCGCCAAGGCCAGGGUCGGCACCCCGUUCCCGCGCGACGCCCUGCGCUCCAUCCUCGUCCAGAUGACUGCCGCCUCCGGGUGCCGCAAGGGGUCCAUCCGCUACUGGCUCAGCUCCGGGCCGGGAGACUUCCUGCUCUCCUCCUCCGGCUGCCCGGCGCCGGCCUUCUACGCCGUGGUGAUCGCGUCGGACUACUCCCAGUGCCGGGACGGGGUGCGCGCCGUGACCACGGGCGUGCCCAUGAAGCCGCCGCUGUUCGCCACCAUGAAGAACGUCAACUACCUCCCCAACGUGCUGUCCAUCAUGGACGCCGAGGAGCGCGGCGCGUUCGCGUCCGUGUGGGUGGACGAGCAAGGCUACGUGGCCGAGGGACCCAUGGUGAACGUCGCCUUCGUGACCCCUGGCAACGAACUGGUCCUCCCGGCGUUUGAUAAGAUCCUCAGCGGGUGCACGGCCAAGAGGCUGCUCGCGCUCGCGCCCAGGCUCGUGGAGCAAGGGCUGCUCAAGGGCGUCAGCACGGCGAACGUCACCGCCGAGGAAGCCAAGCGCUCCGUGGAGAUGGCCUUCGUCGGCAGCGGCCUGCCCGUGCUGCCCAUCGUCGAAUGGGACGGCCAGCCCAUCGGCGACGGGAAGGUGGGGAAGCUGAUGCUCGCGCUGUCGGAUCUGCUCUGGGAGGACAUGAAGUCUGGGCCGGACAGGGUCGCGGUUCCUUACAAGUAAAGGCCCAAGAGCUUUAGCAGAGAUCGACCGGGUGUGCUGCGCAUGGGUUACGUGAUGUGCGAAGAUAAGUGUGUGAGCUCCCUACUGUAGGAGUGUUUGUCACCUGUCAAAUGGCUCAACUCGAGUGAUCAAGUCUUGUAUAAUUUUGCUUGUGUGUGUGUGAUGGAUCUGGGCCAUUCAGCAAAUGAAUAAUACGCUUUUGGGUCUUUCUCUGAAGGCGGUUUGAGUUUCA